AUGGAGACUUGGAUUCCUCUUCCUGCAGCCUUGCCGCAACGACCUCUGCAGCUGAGCAAAGUUAUCCAGCGCAAAUCCGAUUCUUUCUGUUCUUGGUCGAGGCCAUCGAGAAUUUGCACCCUCAGUACCUUGCUUUUGGCAAAGCGGCAGGUGUAUUCAGCCCGCAAAUGUAUGGCUCCGGUGGAAACUUUCGAAGAUGCAGAGGGUAUUGACGACACUGACGACAGUGCGGCUGAACAGGAACGGCGGAGCUUUGAGACCUGUGUUGGUUCCUAUGCUUGGCUUUACGAAGCGCAGGACUUUGACUGGAGGUCUUUGGCAGGGAGAAGAGAAAGAGCACCCAAGACGACGGUAGCGCUGAUCAUAGGCUACCUGGGCCAUAAUUUCUUGGGGCUGCAGCAGCCUUGCUUUCGUGGGACUCAGUUUGCUCAUGCUGUUGAGACCGAGCUGGAGCUCGCGCUCCUCAAGGCCGGCGCAAUGAUUCCUGAGAAUUUUGGGAACCUUUGCAGGCUACGAUGGAGCCGCGUUGGUCGGACAGAUGCUGGAGUAAGCGCAUCAUGCAAUGUUGUCACCGGCCGCCUCAUCGUUGAGAAGGAUGACCAGGCCUUGGAUGACCUGGUGGAUCGAAUCCGAGAGUUUCUGCCUCGGGAUUUGGCAAUCCAUGGUGCAGCCUUUGUGUCGAAACGCUUCAGUGCUCGAUGGGAAGGAACUCGACGGGAAUACUUGUUUCUCUUGCCAAGUUUCUGUGUUGCCCCCACCUUGACAAUGACAAGAACAUGGCUGGCCAAGAACAGGCCGGGUGAGGCCCCCACGGACUUUUCCGUUGAGGACCUCCAAAAGCUGGAAGACGCGUUGGGACUCCGCAAGAUCCGCCUCUCGUCCGAGCACCUGAAGUGCUUUCGCCUUGCUCUUGCUUCGUUCGAAGGGACGCAUUUCUUUGGAAACUUUGCAAACAAGAAGCUUGAUCCGCGGGGGCCGCAAGGCUUCCGGCAUGUGCGGAGGGUACAUUGUGGCAAUCCUUGGGUGGACGAACACGGCCGUGAGUGGGUGACAGUGGAGAUUUGUGCGGAUAGCUUCCUCACCCAUCAGAUUCGCAAGAUGAUUGCUACGGCUGCUUUGGUGGCACAAGGUGCUUUAUCGUUGGAAUUCAUCGAUGCUGCGAUGCAUAGGCACUUGGAUGUGAAAACGCAGCGCUUUCCACCGAAUGGCUUGAUCUUCAAGAGGCCGUUCUUCAAGAGCAAGACAAGUACUGGACUGCCCUCUAGCGUAGAGGCGAAAUUGAACUCUGAGGAGGUGGCUGCUCGAAUGUUUGCCAUGCAGGAGUGGCUGCAAAAAGAAGUCAUAAAGGAAGCUGAAGAAGGUCUCAGUGCAGUCUACUGGCUUGCUUGCGUAGCCCAUUUUGAACCUGAGGAUAUGGAGAGCGAGGUGCUUCAGCAAUAUAGAAGAUUGAUGCCGAAGAACGAGCAGCACAUCAAGGCUAGACAAGCUGCAAGCACUCAGGUUGCUUGCAUCGUUGCUAGCCAGGGUGCGGAAUUAUGGCUUGGCCGACAUCGGCGUGCAAAGUAA